AUGGAUAACACAGCGAAAGCAAAUAAGAAGGAUAUUCAAUAUGGGCCACACAAAGAAGUCAAAUUGCCUACCAGUGAAGCACUUCUCGACUACCACUGUCAAAUAAAGGAAAAUGCAGUAGAACGAUUUAUGGCUCAAAUAAGAAGUCUUAGAGAAAAGAAUCAAAAGUAUCAAGAAAGAAACAAACACUUGAAGGACGAACAGACUUGGCACAUACGGAACCUACUAAAGGAGCUGAGUGAAGAGAAGUCAGACGGGUUACCAGUUGUAACAAGAGAAGAUGUUGAAAACGCAAUGAAGGAGAAAUGGAAGUUUGAAAGAGAUCAGGAGGAAAACUUGAAAGAUAUGCGCAUGCAAAUAAGUAAUGCUGAGAAACUAUUUCUUGAGAAACUCAGUGAAAAGGAAUACUGGGAAGAAUACAAGAAUGUAGGCAGUGAACACCAUGCUAAACUCAUUACCUCCUUGCAGAAUGACAUCAGUAGAGUUAAAGAAAAUGCAGAGAAAAUGUCAGAACACUAUAAAGUCACUCUGGAAGAUGCUAGAAAGAAAAUAAUCAGAGAAACUUUGUUGCAACUGGAUCAAAAGAAGGAAUGGGCCACACAGAAUGCCAUACGGUUCAUUGACAAGGGCAGCUACCGAGAGAUCUGGGAGAAUGACUGGCUGAAAAAGGAGAUUGCAAACCACAAGAAGGAAGUUGAAAAAUUGGAAAACAUUAUUCAUGAACUGGAAGAAGAAAAUUUGGUGCUUAUUGAUCAACUAUUCAACUGUAGACUUGUGGAUCUCAAAAUACCCAGGCAACUGUAUCUGACUCAAGCUGCUGGACUGAAAGCUCCACCUAAAGCGCCUUUGGAGUUGCCAGAAAUAUAUGUUGUAUUCAUCCCAAAACUGCAACCUGCAGAAGUAAAAGGUAGAGACCUCAUGAGUUCAUCAGCAGAGGACAGUGCUUUGUAUCUCAGUCAUGAGGAUGGUAUCAGAUAUGCCAAGCAACUGCAGACAGAUGAAGAAAACAGCUCAUGUAUAGAGUUUGGGCCCUCUGAUAUUAAAUACUUACUAUAUGAGGAUGAGAAGGAUUUCAAGGAUUAUGUAAACCUGGGUCCCCUGCAAGUGAAGCUCAUGAGUGUGGAGAGCCAGAAAAUGCCCAUUCAUUUUCAAGAGAAAGAAAUUCCAGUCAAAUGUUAUGAAGAUGUCAGGAGCCCAGAAAGCCGCAUCACAUAUAAAAUGAUGAAGUCUUUUCUCUAAGACCAAACACUGCAAAGCAAAAAUAACUUUUUCUUAUAAAUUUUCAUUGGGAACUUAAGUGUAUUACUUGCCCAUUUUAUUUACACUUUGGUCCAUUUUUAAACUGGUUGUUAUUUCUAAAGGUCAUGAUGACAUUUAAAAUCCAAGUUCUAAGUAUUCAGCUGUUCAUUUAUCUGCAUGACAAAAAUGAGAGUACACUUUAUAUUUCCAUAUCCAAGUAUACAGAAAAAUGAUAAUGGGCCCAAGAUGGUUUCUGAGUUUCCUUACCACUUAAAGUCUGCUGCUUCAUCUAGCAUUCCAAAAAGAAACAGUUCAGUUAGGAGUUUUCUAAGACAAAUUCUGAGACUUGUAUAGCACUGACUACACAGCUUUGCCUCUGAGAGUGCUGAAUGAUAGCCAGGCCACAAUUCAAGCCUAUUCUUCUUUAAUCUAACACUAUAAUAAAUAUAAAAUGCUUUAGAAACAAAU